AUGGCGAAAGACAAAGAGGUGUCGACCUCCGUGGUGGAGAAGGGGAAAGAGUACUCCAUCACUUCGCCGCUGUACUUGCAUCCAUCUGAAGGACCGGGAACUCUGAUUACUACGGUUCAAUUGAAAGGAGACAACUACGAGGACUGGGCUAAGCAUGUGCGGAAUGCCUUGCGAACAAAGAGGAAGAUUGGGUUCGUAGAUGGAACCUUUCAGAAGCCCACAGACACAACGGAUCUGGAACAAUGGGUGGUCGUUAAUUCCAUGAUCGUAGCAUGGAUCAUGAAUAUGAUAGAACCAACUGUGAGAAUGAAUAUCUCACUGGUGGAUAAGGCGAGUAUCUUGUGGGAAGAUUUGAAGCUACACUUUUCAGUAGGAAACGGACCUCGAAUCCAUGAAUUGAAGGCAGAUUUGGCUAACUGCAAACAACAAGGAGACAGCGUCAUGGCGUACUAUGGAAGACUUAAGAAGAUGUGGGAUGAGUUGGCGGUUUAUGAACCACUCUUGUCGUGUUCGUGUGGAGAGCUUGCGACUAAAUUGGAAGAGGCUCGGGAUAACGAACACACCCACCAGUUUCUGAUGGGAUUAGACGAUGUGAUUUUUGGAGGAAUUCGAUCGACUCUGACCAAUAUGGAGCCGUUGCUCAAAUUGUCUCAGGUGUAUCAGCGCGUGGUGCGUGACGAAAGACAACAAAACAUCACUCGCAGCAAAGAAGACCGAGGUGAAGUAGUCGGUUUUUCUGCUCAGACCGGGAACAAGAGUACAUGUACUCAUUGCGGGAAAUAUGGGCAUGACGUGUCUGAUUGUUAUCAGAUCAAAGGCUAUCCCGAACAUUGGGGAGAACGAGGAAGAACAAGUGGAUACAGAGGGGGUCGCGGUCGUUACGGCCGAGGCGGAGGCGCUUUAGGAAGUAACUCUGGCAGGGGAAGAGGACAAAGUUCUGCGCGAUCCAACGUUGUGCAAGUCGAAGCACACUCGGCACAAGUUCAGCAAGUUGCGAAUUCAGCAACAACAACGCGUCGCGAUGGUGGUUAUGACAGAGCGUCUCUGCCGCAGUUGAACGACGAUCAGUGGACAGCUCUGAUCGGUUUUCUGAACCAGCAGAAGACAGCAGAGACGGGUACCAAACUCUCCGGUAAGACUGAACUUAUAAUUGAUUCCGGUGCCUCUCACCAUAUGACAUCGAACAUGGCAUUUCUGAGCGACGUAACAGAUAUUGCACCAUGCUCGAAUCGUCUGCCUGAUGGCGAUCGUGCCUUGGCUCAGAAAUAG